AUGUCCGAAAAUUUCCAAAGUUCACCUUUCUUUGGGACAGAAAGGGCUCGGCAGCUUUCUCUGCCUGUGCUGAGCAACUCCACACAGUCUGCAGGAAGGGUGUGCAACAUCUCCAGAGUCUCCACCCCAGAUAUGAAUUCACCAUGGCUCCUACCAUCAGCAUCCAGCACUUCUCUCCAGCCACUCAUGGGUAAUGCCUACCUUAACCCACAUGCUGGCACAACCAUGCUGACAGUGCUGACUGAGCAGGGUCAGAUCUCCACCUCGGCACCUUCCUAUCCAGGUGCUCUCAAAUGGGAUUUCCCUGGAAGCAGAGAUGGGAGGGAAGAGGCACUCCAGGGAGUCAAUGUAACCAUCAUUGACCAGGACACUACACUCUCCUCCCUGGCUAUCACAAACCAGUGUGAUAAAAUUUUAGAUCCCAGUGCCAUAGUUCCUUUCUAUCCAACACUGUCUGCCAGCUUUGUCCAGGUCACACCACCGCAGAUGCCAAAUCAAGGAUACAGCCUGGCACCUUCCUACCAGGAUGGUAGCCAGGUCUAUUACUAUGAGCACAACAGCCUGGGUCCUCUGAUAGCUGGAGAAUUUGGGCAGUGCUUGCAGGCCCAUGGCUCUAUGCCCUACCCUGGGAGUCAGACCUCUGCGAUCCAACCAGAGAUGGUGAUGGUGCUAAAGGAGAUUCAGCCAAGGAAUGUCCAAAUACCACUCUUUACCUCUGCCUUCUCCUAUUCCACAUCUGCUCAAUCCAACAGUCUUCCCGUGGUUCAAAUGGAGACGUCCCUGGGAUUGCCACCUUCAGGCCAGACACACUGUCAGCUGCAGAGUCCAGAACUCUACAGCACUUGUGCCCAGGUUUCUCAGAUAAGGCCACCAGCUGUCAACGGGGACAGGGCAUUAGCUGCUUCUAUCCAUAGUCCUUCGGAAUUCCUGGCCUUGCCUCCAGCUCCAAGCCUGGAACAAACAGAGAACGAAAACGUGAAUGAGAUAAACGAUGAGUUUUUAAAGACUCUGGAUGCCUAUGAGGGCACAAAAGAAAACCAAGACACAUCAAUCGUGACUUUGGCACACCCUGACUUGCAGCAGCCUCUGCAGUGCGCUGAUAUGGAGAGUCUAAGACCGAAGUCUGCUUCUGACAAUGCCCAUUUGGAAGGCAUCAGCAUGGGUCCAAAAAAGCUUGGGGGACUGGAGAAUGAGAUUAGAUCCAGCUUCGACUUCAAAGACAUCUCUACACUUGAGGCAGACAUUCAACUUCCCCAACUCCUCAACACCCUUACAGACAUAGACCAGGAUCAGGCCUGUGAAAACUGGAAAGUCAUCAGUGGCCCCUCUGACCAAGUGAGGAAGAAUAAACAUAAAUCUUCUGAACCUCUUGAGGGAGCUCCUCAGGCUAAAAUCCAGCACCAGGACCUAGUGGAAGGAGAGGGGAGUGUGUGUGUUGCUGGGACCAGCAACAAAGCUAUUGAAAACAUGGCAAAGCACCUGGAGGGCAAAGCUCCCAAAGUGGCCCCCAACAAGAACAAAAGAGGUAGAAGACAGGGACAAGAAAAACCAAGUGGACCAGAGAACAACUCUAAGAAAGCAGACGAGCUGAAGCAGUCCAGGAAAAGAGUCAAAGCAGAAGAGAAGCCCACCAUCCCCAAGACCAAGAGGAAGAGGAAUCCACCUGAACUCAGUCAAACCAGCUUUAAGAAGCCUCGAACCCACCUUGGCAUGCACAUGCUGGAGUCCGUGCAAGUCUUUCACCCACUGGGGAAGAAGAGUGAGAAGAAACCUGGCAUCUCCUCCUUAGGGAGUCUCCGAACCUUCACCAGCAACAAAGAUCCAGGCCCAAGCCCAGUUACUACAGCAGUGCUAAACAUGUCAUGUGAGGGCCAGGGUCCUCCCAAAAGCCCGCGGAAGACUCAGAUAGCAGAGAGCAGUGCUUCCAAGGAGUGUCCAUCUCAGUCCCAGUAUGAGCUGCCCCCAGCUGGAAAGGUCAAGUUAGUACCUUUGCCUUUUCCAACCCUGGACAAGCCUCAAGCCAGACCUAUUUCUAGAAAGCCUCUUUCCCUGGCUUCACAUAGGCCCACCACAGUUCACCCUGUGCAGCCUCAUUCCCACUCAGCUCAACUUACAACACACAGGCCAUCCCAACUAGCUCCUGUCAGCACAUCUUCGAUGGCCUCUACCAAGCCAGCUUCUCCAAUUUCCUCUAGUGCCACAGGACCUAGUGGAACCAACCUCAUCCAGUCCAGUGCUGUGCCUCAGGUGGCAACAUCGAGGCCCGUACCCCACAGAGCAUCAUCUCAUACUUCAUUCCAGAGAGAGCUCAUUUCUGCUGCCAAGAACAAGGUACCAUCGCCUUCUGAACCCCAGACUCAAUAUCUGCUGCAAGACUUCAGCCGCCAACCCAUUCCAUGGAAGAAAGUUGACAUUCUGGGACCAGUCGUCUCACAGCCCAUCACAAAAGAGCAAAGGCCAGAGAGGGAGGCCAUGAAGAGGCGGGCCCAACAGGAGCGCGAGAAUGCUGUCAAGAACACUGCUACUGGGAAACUGCAGCUCUUCCUUCAGAGGGAGAAGGAUAUGGAAAUUUCUCAAUAUUAUGGCUAUGCAAUGUAA